UCUCCGUAAACCACCUUCCAAAGCAGACGUGUUUAUUAAACAUUUUUCACUGUUCUAUUCGCCGCACCUCGGGCGGAGACACCAAGCAACCACCGCCGCGAUCUCCGCCCCGGUCGAAAAUAAAUCCCUUCGAGAAUGGCCGGCGAGAAUUCAGAUAACGACGUGAUAUACCUCCACGGGAAUCUAGACCUCAAAAUCAUCGAAGCCCGAUGCCUCCCGAACAUGGAUUUACUCUCCGAGCGCCUCCGCCGCUGCUUCACCGCCUUCGAUUGCCGGAAGCCUUUCACCUCCAAUCGCCGCCGCGAUCACCACCACCACCGUAAGAUCAUCACCAGCGAUCCCUAUGUCACCGUCUGCCUCGGCGGUGCCCGUGUUGCCCGAACCCGGGUCAUAUCCAAUUCGCAGAAUCCGAUUUGGAAAGAGAAUUUUAAGAUCCCUCUAGCUCACCCCGUUUCUCAGGUUGAAUUCCAAGUGAAAGACAACGACAUGUUUGGAGCAGAACUCAUAGGUAUAGCCACCGUGCCAGCUAAGAGAAUCGCCGCAGGCCAAGUGAUCGACGAAUGGUUUCCGGUGAUAGGAUCCAACGGAAAGCCCUCAAAACCCGACAGCGCAAUAAGACUACAAAUGACAUUCACCCCUUGCCACAAAGAUCCCGUCUAUCUGAGUGGAAUUUCGGACAAUUACGGCCUGAAAGAUAGUUAUUUCCCAUGGCGGCACGGAGGGAAAUUGACCCUCUACCAAGACGCGCACGUGAUUGACGGAAUGCUGCCCGACAUCAAAUUGGACGAUGGGAAGAAUUUCGAGCACGAACAGUGCUGGGAGGAUAUUUGCCACUCGAUAUUGGAGGCGCAUCAUUUGGUUUAUAUCGUGGGAUGGUCGAUUUAUCAUAAGGUGAAGUUGGUGAGGGAGCCUACUAAACCGUUGCCAAAUGGCGGUGACUUGAAUUUGGGGGAGUUGUUGAAGUACAAGUCUCAAGAAGGGGUGAGAGUUUUGUUGUUAGUUUGGGAUGAUAAGACUUCCCACAACAAGUUCUUUUUAAAAACGGAUGGAGUAAUGCAAACUCACGAUGAGGAAACUCGGAAGUUUUUCAAACACUCCUCUGUGACGUGUGUGCUGGCCCCUCGUUAUGCGAGCAGUAAGCUUAGCAUUUUCAAGCAACAGGUUGUUGGAACUCUUUAUACACACCAUCAGAAAUGUGUGAUUGUGGACACCCAACAUCAUGGCAAUAACCGAAAGAUAACGGCUUUCAUUGGUGGUCUAGACCUAUGUGAUGGACGCUAUGAUACACCUGAGCACAGAUUAUUCACCGACCUCGACACUGUCUUUAAAGAUGAUUAUCACAAUCCAACAUUUCCUCCAGGGAAAAAGGGCCCACGGCAACCGUGGCAUGAUUUGCAUUGUAAAAUUGAGGGUCCGGCGGCGUAUGAUGUGCUCAUAAACUUCGAGCAGCGCUGGAGAAAAGCCACUAAAUGGUCUGAAUUUGGACAGCGGUUUAGGAGAAUAUCACGCUGGCACGAUGAUGCCUUACUUAAGAUUGAACGUAUUUCGUGGAUAACAAGUCCUACCACAACUGUCCCGAAUGACCAUCCUUCUUUGUGGGUGUGCAACGAAAACGAUCCCGAGAACUGGCAUGUUCAGGUUAUGAUCGCCUUAUUAAAAGAUUUUAUUUUUAUUAUUAGUUUAUUCGAUACGAGGCAAUCAAGGCUUUAUCUUGGUUUUGUAAUUUGCUUUCAACAGAUUUUUCGGUCUAUAGAUUCGGGUUCGUUGAAAGGAUUUCCCAAAAAUGUCCAUGAAGCUGAAGAACAAAAUUUAGUGUGUGCAAAAAAUUUGGUGAUCGAUAAGAGCAUUCAAAUGGCUUAUAUCGAGGCUAUUAGAUCUGCUCAACACUUCAUAUACAUCGAGAAUCAAUAUUUUCUUGGGUCGUCUUACGCUUGGCCUUCCUACAAAAAUGCCGGUGCCGACAAUUUAAUCCCGAUGGAAUUGGCAUUAAAAAUUGCAAGUAAAAUAAGGGCAAAUGAAAGAUUCACCGUUUAUGUUGUCAUCCCGAUGUGGCCCGAGGGUGUUCCCGAUUCUGCAUCUGUACAAGAAAUCCUUUAUUGGCAGGGGCAAACAAUGCAAAUGAUGUACGAAAUUAUCGCACAAGAGCUCAAAUCUGCUAAUAUUGAGAACGCACAUCCAACCGACUAUCUUAAUUUCUACUGUCUUGGCAAUCGAGAGGAAUGUCCGGGAGACGAAUCAAAUUCUAACGGCCCAACCACAUCCAAUGGAAAUUCCGAUACGGCUUCAAAAAAAUACGGAAGAUUUAUGAUAUACGUGCAUGCGAAAGGGAUGGUAGUGGAUGAUGAAUACGUGAUUAUUGGUUCGGCCAACAUUAACCAACGGUCAAUGGCUGGUUCGAGAGAUACGGAGAUAGCAAUGGGGGCUUAUCAACCAAAUUACACAUGGACCAAGAAGAAAGAACAUCCACAUGGCCAGGUCUACGGCUACAGAAUGUCUCUUUGGUCUGAGCAUAUAGGCAGAAUCGAUGAUUGCUUCAAUAAUCCCGAUGAAUUGGAAUGUGUGAAAUACGUGAAUAGUGUUGCGGAGGAUAAUUGGAAGAGAUACACAUCUGAAGAGUUCAAUUUAUUACAAGGGCACAUCCUUAAAUAUCCGUUGGAAAUCGAUAUUGAUGGAAAGGUUAACCCUUUGCCCGGAUAUGAAACUUUUCCGGAUGUUGGUGGUAAAAUUAUAGGUGCUCCGACCAAUUUGCCGGAUGCUUUGACCACUUAAAAGAUAAUAAUUCACUCUAGCGAAAUCAUAGGUAAAAUGUAGUAAUACUUGGUGAGGAAGAGGAACUAAUGUUGUAACAUUACCGGUGGCCUUUGGCCGUGUUGUAUCAGUUCAUGUUCGAGCUUGUGUGGAUUCAGUGUUAAAUCAUUUUUGUAUAAUCAUUAUAUAGUCUAAAAGUGAUAAUUCUUUUAUUUGUUUGGUGCUCCGGCAUGAAAUUGAAUGGAAGAACAGAUGAAUUAAUACACAGAUUUUAUAGCAUCUCAUACAUGAAAACAAUUUUUUUUCACUUAUACAUUACAAUGUCGGAUAAAGGUAC